AAAGGCUAAAGCUUUAACUGACUCCAUCCUCCGGCCAACGGCGAUGGCUGUAACGGACUUUUUCGCCGGAGAAAUCGCAACGGAGCUUCUGAAACAACUGAUAACCAUAUGUAAGAAGGGUGCUUUCUGCAAGAGCAGCGCUGAACACCUGAAAAAGGACAUCGAAGAAUUGCUACCCACCAUUGAAGAGAUCAAGUAUUCCGGAGUUGAAUUGCCCCAGUUACGUCAGGUUCAACUCGACCAAUUCUCUAUGGUUCUUCGUCAGGGCUUGGAGCUCACAACCAAAGUCUUAGCGUCUAGUCGAUGGCACGUGUAUAAGAACCUGCAACUGGCGAGGAAGAUGGAGAAGCUCGAGAAGAACGUGUCUAGGUUUCUGAAUGGACCAAUGCAGGCCCAUAUAUUGGCUGAUGUGCAACAUAUUAGGUUCGAAUCGACUGAGCGGUUUUAUCGUCUCGAGAAGCGGAUUGAGAAUCUCAGGUUGGGAACGAUUGACGACAGGUGGUUGAAGGAAGAGGUGCAGUGGGUUGGUAAGGAGGAGGAGAUAUUUGGGUUACCUGGUGUAGACUUGGGGAUUGGAAUGGCUUUGGGGAAGAAGAAGGUGAAGGAGAUGAUUAUCGGUAGAGAGGAAUUGAGGGUCGUUGGGAUUUGUGGAAUUGGCGGGAGCGGUAAGACCACUUUAGCCAGAGAAAUUUUCAGAGACAACCAAGUUCGAAGUUACUUCAAGGACAGGGUAUUUUUCGAAACAGUCUCCCAAUCUCCAAAUGUAGAGCAGUUGAAGCUAAAGCUGUGGAAACAGAUCACGGGUAAUCAAAUCUUUGGCUCCAAUGUCCCGAUCCCACAGUGGGAGUUUCAAUUCAACUCGAGCUUCAGUGGAAGAACCUUGAUUGUUUUGGAUGAUGUGUGGUCACUCUCUGUACUCGAUCAACUAAUUUUUAAAAUACCCGGGUGCAAAACCAUCGUGGUUUCAAGAUUCAAGUACCCUACAGUGGUUGACAGCACUUACGAACUGGAAUUGCUCAGAGAAGAUGAAGCCAUGUCCCUAUUCUGUUACUCUGCUUUCAGGCAGAAAACCAUUCCUUAUACUGCAGACAAGAAACUGGUAGAGCAGAUUGUGGAGGAGUGUGGAAGGCUUCCAUUGGCUCUAAAAGUUAUAGGAGCUUCAUUAAGAGACCAGCCUCAACUGCUUUGGACAAGUGCCAAGAACAGGCUAUCACGAGGUGAACCCAUAUGCGAGUCUCAUGAGAUUAAUUUGCUUAACCGGAUGGCAAUUACAGUUGAGCACUUAUCACCAAAGGUCAAGGAAUGCUUCCUAGACUUGGGUUCCUUCCCGGAGGAUAAGAAAAUUCCUCUUGAUGUGCUCAUAAAUAUGUGGGUUGAGAUUCAUGAUCUUGAUGAAGAAGAAGCCUUUGCUAUAGUCAUUGAGCUUUCAAAUAAAAAUCUUCUCACUUUAGUAAAAGAUGCAAGAGCUGGAGAUAUUUGUAGCAAUUACCAUGAGAUCUCUGUUACCCAGCAUGAUGUAUUGAGAGACUUGGCCCUUCACUUCAGCAAUUGUGGGAGCUUAAAUAGACGAAGGCGGUUACUCAUGCCAAGAAGAGAGGACAAAAUCCCAAAGGAAUGGGAGAGGAAUAUGGACCAACCAUUUGAUGCUCAACUUGUUUCGGUUCAUACAGGCGAGAUGAGGAAAUCAGAUUGGUUCUACAUGGACUUCCCUAAGGCAGAAGUCCUCAUUCUGAACUUCUCCUCAAAUGAGUACUUCUUACCUCCAUUCAUAGAGAGGAUGCCAAAACUCAGGGCUCUGAUCUUGAUGAACUAUGGUACAAUGAACACAAUCCUGAACAACUUAUCGGUGUUUAUCUCUAUGGAGAACUUGAGGAGCCUCUGGUUGGAAAAAAUUACUGUUCCUCCUCUACUCAAGACAAACUUUCCACUUCACAACUUGCGUAAAGUCUCUGUGAUCCUCUGCAAGGUUAAUGAUGGGUUCAAUGGAUCUGCAACGGACCUUUCCCAUGUGUUCCCUCAGCUCUCUGAGCUCACAAUGGACCAUUGUGUCGAUCUAACCGAGUUGCCUUCAAGCAUUUGCAAAGUUCGUUCGUUGAAAAGUCUGAGUAUCACUAACUGCCAUGGACUGCUGGAGUUGCCUGAAGAGCUGGGGAUGCUGAAUUCCCUACAAGUUCUGAGGCUUUAUGCAUGCCCAGCCCUGAAGAAGCUUCCUGCAGGUGUCUGUGAGCUAGAAAGGUUAAUGUAUCUUGACAUCUCCCAGUGUGUGAACCUAAGAGGCCUCCCUGAUGGCAUUGGAAGGUUGACUCGGUUGGAGAAGAUUGACAUGAGGGAAUGCUUGCAGAUUAGGACACUGCCUAAGUCUCUGGUAUCAUUGCGGUCUCUGUAUCGUGUAAUCUGCGAUGAAGAGUUUGCUUGGUUAUGGAAAGAGAUGAAAGAUAUGCCAGAUGUUCGGGUUCAGGUAGCAAAGGAAUGCUUUAAUCUGGACUGGCUUGCAGAGUAAGGACGAUUAGUCUCAUUACUGGUAGUGAUUAAUGCAUGUGAAUAUUCCUUGUAAGAAAGUGAAAUGAAAGGGGGUGCUG